CGUGCGUGUGCGAGCGAGGGCCCGGAUCUAUUCUGCUUUAACUUCUCAGCCACAACCCACCAACGCUCUCUCCCUCACUCCCAUCCACCCACUGCCUGCCCCCAAAAGAGUAAGAGAGAGAGAGAGAGGAGACAGCGACGAUGCCUACGCCUACACCCUUUUCGUGGAAGGCCGGUCCGGGAAAUGUCCAGAUCAGCGGCGACUGGGACGAGUGGAAGGAGCGGGUAGCCCUCGAUAGGCAGCCGGAUGGCUCCUUUGCAAAACAGGUGGGUGGUGCGGGAAGCCAUAUUGGUGUGGAUGCGUUAUCACGAAAAAGCCUAAAACGUCGCGACUUCCUUUCUUCUUCUUUCUUCUACAAAAGAUUUCCUUGCCAUCCAACACAAAGGUGCACUACAAGUACAUCGUCGAUGAGCAGUGGACCACGAACCCAGAGUCGCCCACGGUCAACGAUGGCGGCAACGUCAACAACGUUGUCGAUGUUGGUCCUGAGCCAGCCACGACGACGGCUGCUCAUGCCGUCGAGGGCGCCCUUGCCGGCGUGGGAGCCGCUGCUGCGGCCGUAACGGCAAUGAUCGCUGGCACCGACGGCGAGCACGCGAGCACUGCGCCUGCUGCUGCUGCGAGCCAGACCGAGGGACAGGCACAAGCUGCACCAAAGACGGAAGCCGAGAAGAAGCAGGAGCCCGCCAGCGGCAUCA